AUGAAAAUCUUACCAAAUCAUAUUAUGGAUACACAAUUGAACAAGGAUUUCAUGACAAGUGAUCCAGAAUGGAGUGAAUAUUUAUUACAUGAACCUGUUAUUCCAUUAUUAGGGUCUUUGAAACAAAUUUAUGACUUCUUGAAAAGUAUCAAUGAUUUCCAUGCUUCAAAAAAAUUCAUUGACAUGAUACCAUUCGAAGAUAAAAAAUUUGUACCAGUUAAAGGAUCACGUCAUUCUAUUGCAUUAGAGAAACAAGAUAUUUAUGAUGGUGCUAAAGCUGAAUUAUUGGAGUGGUUAUCAAAACAUUGA